AUGGUCAAUUUUUACCGUCGGUUCCUACCGAACUGUGCCGACCUCAUGCUGCCGCUCAACAACAUGCUUUCUGGUCCCAAAGGUCCCCUCGAGCUGACUGGUGAAGCACUGCCUGCUUUUGAGAGAAUCAAGAAUUCCUCUGCCGAUGCCACCUUACUUACACAUCCAGCUCCCCAAGCUCAGCUGUCUCUGAAGGUAGAUGCUUCGACCGUAGCCGUAGGUUCAGUCCUUCAACAACACCUCGCUGGUUCGACUCAACCACUUUCCUUUUUCUCCAAAAAGCUCUUACCAGCUGAGACACGCUACAGUACCUUUGGCCGUAAACUACUUGCCAUUUACCUGGCGGUGAAGCAUUUCCGGCAUUUCCUUGAAGGUCGUGACUUCGCUGUUUUCACUGACCACAAACCGUUGACAUUUGCACUUCGAUCCUACUCCGACAAGUAG